AUGGCCAGCCAGUUCUCCAACGUCGACCCGGUGACGGCGGCCGACAUGCGGCGCCAAUGCCUGGACCCGCACGAGCUGGACCGGAGGACGGAGCAGCUCAUGUCGCUCAUCCACGGCAACCUCCCGGACCCGCCCGUCUCCACCACCGCCCGCCUCACCGCCUUCCGCGCGCGCCCCUCCGACGGCGUGGACCGCAUCAGCCGCCUCUCCGACGCGCUCCUCCACGACAUCGUCUCCCGCCUCCCCGUCAAGGACGCCGCCCGCACCGCCGCGCUCGCCGCGCGCUGGCGCGGGGUCUGGCGCUCGACGCCGCUGGUCCUCGUCGACACCCACCUGGUCUCGUCAGCGCGCGCCAGCACGCCGGACGUCAUCGCGGCCGUCUCCCGCGUCCUCGCCGCGCACCAGGGUCCCUUCCGCUCCGUCCACCUCACCUGCAGCCGCAUGGGCGCGUACCAGGCCCAGCUCAAGCGCUGGCUCCGUCUCCUCGCCGCCAGGGGCGUCCAGGAGCUCGUCCUCGUCAACCGCCCGUGGCUGCGCGAGGUGCCCCUCCCCAAGACGCUCUUCACCAUCUCCACCCUCACCCGCCUCUACAUGGGCGUCUGGAAGUUCCCGGACGCGGCCGGCCUCCAAGGCGCCUCCUUCCCCCACCUCCGGGAGCUCGGCAUCUGCAGCGUCGCCAUGAAGGACGGGGACAUCGACGCCGUCGUCUCCAGGAGCCCCGCCCUGGAGAUCCUCAACAUCCAAGGGAGCAUGAAGGGGGUGCAUCUCCGCCUCGUCAGCCACAGCCUCCGUUGCGUGCAGAUCUGCUCUUUCGUCAUAGAGAGCGUCAACGUGGUGAACGCCCCGCGUCUCGAGCGUCUCAUCCUGUCAGAGUGUCUCAAUCCUGCCGGCGGAUCGUGCAUCAGAGUAAAGAUUGGCAACGUCCCCAAGCUGAAAGUAUUCGGGUUCCUGGAGCCAGGAAAAUACGUGCUAGAGAUCCAAGACACUGUCAUCAUGGCUGGGAUUAAGACAAGUGCAAGCAUGAUGGUCACAAGCGUGAAUGUCCUUAGUAUGAAGGUGUGCUUCGGAGUCUACGACGAUGUCAAGAUGGUGCCCGCCUUCCUCAAAUGCUUCCCCAAUGUCGAGGCGCUGCAUAUUACGUCUGAAAAAUGCGAUCAACUCGCUGGCAAGUUCGACCUCAAGUUCUGGGAAGAGGUUGGUCUCAUCGUAAGUGUGCUCUUGCGGCUCAAGGUGAUCACGUUUCGUGAAUAUCGUGCCAGGCAAGAUGAGCUUGCCUUCCUCCAGUACAUCUUGCAGCAUGCAAUGGUGCUCAAGUAUGCAGUGGUUCAGAUGGUCAAUCCAAAAUUCACUUCACUGUCAGUAGAUGAGAUGGCCUACACCAUAGACAAUAUGCAGCCUCCUAAAAAUAAAAAGUGGGCCAGCACAGUUGGUUUAUUAACCAUGGGGACUCAUGGUCCUGAAGGAGGUGAAACUUGGACUUUUCGGAAAGGAGCAGACCUCUCCGACGACGACCCUAUUGCACCAGUUAAAUUCAUCAUAAGGGUUGCAGGCCCGGCGACGCGCCAGCACAAGUCACGAGCUGCCAAGCAUCGCAACUGA